AUGGAUGCAAUUGAGCCUAUCAAACCUCCUUCAUCAGCUCACCAUGAGUAUAUCCUGAUAGCUUCAAAUUACUUCACAAAGUGUAUUGAAGUUCAGGCUCUUAAGAGUUUAAAUGCGAGGGUAGUAAUUCUAUUCUUAGAAGACAAGAUCUUUACAAGAUAUGGUAUUCCUAAAUCCAUAACAAUGGAUCAAGCUACCAUGUUUACAGGACAUGAGUUCAAUUCCUAUCUCAAGGAAUUUGAGAUUCAAAAGAUCCAUUCUACCCAUUAUUUUGCUCAAGCCAAUGGACAGGCUGAAGCCACUAACAAGGUAAUCUCUAAAAUGAUUGCUAAAAUGGUGGAUGGAAAUCCUAAGAAUUGGCACGUUCUUCUACACUAUGCUACUUGGGCAUAUAGAACAUCAAAGAUAGAUGCAAUUGGAACUAUCCUCUACUAG